AUGGCGGGAACCCUAAUCACCUUUAUUCUCGAAAUAUCUCCCAAAUGGCUUUAUGGUUAUUAUAGUCUCCUUCGUGUCCCGCCAUUCUCAUUGUGUCCCCAAUUUGAUCACCCAUCGAUCCAAUCUCUUUCUCCGAGAACAAGACAGUAUCUCUCCCACCGUUACAUUUGCAGAACAUCGGCGAUUAAGGUUUCACCGGAGACGAUGACGAUCGUAGCCGAGUACGCGAAAUCGAACCGGUCCUCGUGCAAGUCAUGCUCGAAGGCGAUUGCGUCGAAAUCCCUGAGGGUAGGGUUCAGUAGCAAGGGACCUGGCGGCUGUGACAUGACCAAAUGGCACCAUUUCGAUUGUUUUCCUACGGAUUCGGAGUCGAUUGAUUCCGUCGAUGAUAUCCAAGGAUUAUCCGCUUUAGAGAAAGAUGAUCAGGAUGCUUUGGUGAAAUUGGUGGGACAGUGUGUUGAGCCUGCUAAAAAGGUGGAGAAGAAAGAAGAGACUAAGAAGGCCGAUUCAGAUGAAAAAACUGGGAAGAAGAAGAUUACGGAGGCGAAAGGCUCUUCUGCUGAUUCAAAAGUGAUUGCUGAGUACGCGAAAUCAGGGAGAUCAUCGUGCAAGAAGUGCUCUGAGACGAUCGCUGCAAAGGAACUGAGAUUGGGGCUGGUGGCUAGAGACUUCCGGGGAUAUGAUGUUACCAAAUGGCAUCACUUGGCUUGCUUUCCUGUUGAAUCUGAUCCUAUUGGUUCUGUUGAGGACAUUGGUGGAUUUUCAUCGCUGCAGGAUGGUGAUCAGGAUGCAUUGAAGGAAUUGGUCCAACAAUGCGACAAGAAGACUUUGAUGGAUGAAGAUGGAACUGAUAACCGUCUAACGGAGGAGACGAACAAAAGAAAACAUUCUCAGGUUGGGGAGAUGGUGGAAGAAGAUGACGUGCAAAUCAACGCGAACCAACAGGCUACUAGAAAAGCCAAGAUGAACAUCACCGAGUCAACUUCUCAGGUCGUAGCUGAAGUAGAAAUCUCUCUUUCUGCUUCUGAUGUGAAGGACAAGUACAGGGAUGCCAGUCUAUUACCAAAAUGGAAAGCGUUUGAGACAGUAAUAUUUCUUGAGCGGGAUGAUGGUCUUAAUGAUUCAGACAAGAUAGCUGCAUUUGAUUUUGAUGGAUGCCUUGCCAAAACAUCUGUGAAAAUAGUAGGUGCAGAUGCAUGGUCCCUUAUGUAUCCUUGUAUUCCUGAGAAAAUGCAAAGUCUGCAUAGUGAAGGCUAUAAGCUGGUAAUUUUCACAAACGAGUCCAACAUUGAUCGAUGGAAGAACAAAAGGCAGGAUGCUGUGGACUCCAAAAUUGGACGCCUCAACGGUUUUAUCAAGCGCGUUGGGGUCCCCGUUCAGGUGUUUAUAGCCUGCGGAGUCGGUAGUUCCGGUGGUAAAGGUUCUAGUGGUAAAGAUGACCUUUACCGCAAACCCAAGGCUGGAAUGUGGCAGCUCAUGAAGAAGCAUUUUAACUCCGGAAUUGCAAUUGAUAUGGAUAAAUCCUUCUACGUUGGGGAUGCAGCUGGAAGAAAAGGCGAUCACAGCGACGCAGACAUAAAAUUUGCACAGGCGAGUGGUUUGAAGUUUUACACUCCUGAGGAGUACUUUCUCGCUUGA